AUGACGGAGAGUGGCUUGCAGGCCGUCGUGGGAACUCCCAGUGAACUCAGUGAAGACUCUGCGCAAGACUGUCUGGAUUCGCAGCUUGUUGAGAGCCUCCUUGAGAUGAUGACCCAGAUGAAAGCCAUCAGACCCGAGAUCGUGCGAGGGAUCCCAGUGCACCGAUUCCUGCAGCGCAUGCCGUGCAAGGGGUUGGCGAAGCAGCAAAGGAUGUUUUAUGGACUCAGUAAGGUGACGAAGCAGCUGGAUGAGUUCUGGUCUCACAGCUGGCGCACCAAGGCGUGGCUCAAGUAUGUCAACAUCCUCUUCUUGAACAACGGCUUCCCAGCCUUUGUCGUUGGCACUCUUUGUGCCCUUGUGGCUUUCUCUCUAAGUUUGGCAGGCAUCUUGCCACUGCAACGCGUCGCGGGCCCCGCAAACGCGUGGUGCACCAUAGCUGGCAGCAUCGGCUACUACGUGACUCUUCUCCUCUGGCCUAGCAGGAAGCUGGCUUUCUUUGACAUCGCCUGCAUCAACCAACGUGACGAAAUCCAGAAAAGUGAGGCCCUGCUCAGUCCUCGCUCGGACACGUCUGUUCUGGUUUGCCCAGUGUUCGUUGGCCCCGCGCUUCUUGUGGGUAACAUCGGUUCCAGCGUGCUACUGCUUGCGCUGUUGUGUUCCGGCCUGCCGUUGUUUCCGUGGGCUGGAAUUUUCAUCUCUGCUAUGGUGUUCCCAUGCAUGGUGUUUCUUGCCUAUGUGAUCCUUGCGCACUGUCGAAGCAUUGACGUGAUGCAACAUCAAGUCCGUCACUUCACUGUUGAACACUCCUUGUGUCACUGCUGUGAAAGCGGUCAUGUGAAUGCCAACGGUGGGCAACUGAUGUGCGACCGCCUCAUCAUCCUUCGAUGCAUUUCUGCUUGGUUCGGGUCUGUGGACGCCUUCGAGUCCCUCGUUCGGACACGGCUGUUGAAAACGUUGGUCUACCAGCUUGCGAACCAGGUGUUCUCAUACUGGCGCAUCGUGCAGGUAGCGAUCCCUGUUGCAUGGGCCGUACUGGAUCUGCUCGACUGGAACUAUCAGGACCUGCCGGCUGCAGUGCUGCUGCAGGUCGGGUCGCUGAUGUUUGGCGCCUACUUUUUUUGCGAGCACGCUCUUCGCCAGCUCUCGGCCGAUCACUUCGGGAACUGGGUGGCUGCGCACCUGGUGGCUUUGACCUUCAUGGGUACCGUCACUCUGGUUCUGUGGCGGCACUUGCCGGCCAUUGAGCGCGCUCCGGAGCGCAGUGAUCGACUGGAGGCCUUGUACAGUGGCGGCCGGCUGAAGCAUCCUAGAGCGUACGGCCGUGCCGCCUCUGCAGCCCGCUGUGCAGAGCAGGGGAUCGCAAGUUGUCGUUUUGCUGCCAUGUCCGCGAGCGGCUUGCAGAUCGUCCUGGGAAGCCCCAGUGAGUCCGAAAAAUGUCCGCCAAUCUCCCUGGAUUCGCAGUACUUCGAUCGCAUCAUGACCGACAUGAGAGCCAUCAGUCCCGAUAUCGUGCGCGGGAUCCCGGUGCACCGAUUCCUGCAGCGAAUGCCCUGCAAGUGGUUAGCGAGAGAGAAGCGAAAUUUUUACGGACUCAGUCAGGUGACAAAUCAGCUGGAUGAGUUCUGGUCUCACAGCUGGCGCACGAAUGCGGGUCUCAAGUAUGUCAACAUCCUCUUCCUGAACAACGGCUUCCCAGCAUUUGUGGUUGGCACUCUUUGUGCCCUGGUGGCUUUCAGUUUAAAUUUGGCUGGCAUCUUGCCGAAAGAGUCCGUUGCGGGCCCAGCAAAUGCGUGGUGCACCACAUCUGGAGUUAUCGGCUACUACGUGACUCUUCUACUCUGGCGGAGCAGGAAACUUGCCUUCCUUGAUGUCGCUUGCAUCAGCCAGACUGAUCGGGAGCUGAACGGUCUCGGCCUUCUCAGCAUGGGUGGAUUUCUGAGAUGUUCACAGUCGCUACUCGUCCUUUGGGAUGAGACUGUCGUCACGAGAUUGUGGUGCAUGUUCGAGAUGGCAGGUUUCUUACACAGCAAAGGUCCUAACGCAGACAAGUCUGUGCUGGUUUGCCCAGUGUUUACUGGCCCCGCACUUUUUGUGGGUCACCUUGGUGUCAGCGUGCUGCUGCUUGCACUGUUGUGUGCGGACUUGCAGCUGUUUCCGUGGGGUGGAAUCUUCAUAUCUGCUAUGGUGUUCCCAUGCCUGGUGUUUCUUGCCUAUGUGGUCCUUGCGCAUUGUCGAAGCAUUGACGUGAUGCAACAUCAAGUCCGUCACUUCACUGUUGAACAGUCCUUCUGCCAUUGCUGUGACAACGGUCACGUGGGCGCCAAUGGCGGGGAAAUAACCUGCGACCGCCUCACGAUUCUUCGGUGCAUUUCUGCUUGGUUCGGGUCUGUGGAAACCUUCGAGGCCCUGGUUCGGACACAGGUUUCGAAAAUGUUGGUCUACCAGCUUGCGAAUCAGGUGUUCUCAUAUUGGCGCAUCGUGCAGGCAGCAAGCCCAGUUGCAUGGGCCAUAUUGGAUAUGCUUGACCGGAACCUUUUUGGCAUAACGCUUGCAGUGCCGCAGACGUCACUUGCAGCUGUGACUUAUGUUUUCUGCUAUGCACCAAGUAUCUCUCUGAUUCUACUUCGCUUGGCAUACAGAGUGCGCAACCUUGGACACAGCAAGUGGACACAGUGGCUGCUUGCUGUUGCACUCCUGGCCGUCGGGUCGCUGAUUUUCGUGGCAUACUUUUGGUGCGAGCAUGCGAUUAAACGGCUUUCGGACGAUCUCUUUGGGAACUGGAUGCCUGCGAACAUUGCGCUGCUCAUAGUGACGGGUGCAGCCACCCUAGUUCUGUGGCGGCACUUGCCUGCCAUUGAGACGACACCCUAA